CGCACGUGGCCUUUCUUUCCUCCGAUCCCUACCUCUCGCACCCGUGGCGCCGUCUCCAUUACCAGCCGCCGCCGCCGCUUCUUGGACAUCUCAGUCGAGCGCCCCCGCCGCCCCAGGUCGGGGGUCUCAGCCUUGGGGCGCGCGCCCUCGACCGCAUACGGCCGCCGGAAUCUGGCGGACGCGCCGCGGAUUCCUCCUCGCCGCCGCGCCGUCAUUCAUGGCGAGGCGUCGCCGGGUGGUACCAGAACCAUAAUCCAUGCUAUUCAACAUCCUACACUGCAAAUCACAAGCUCCUGUAACCGCCGCCGCCGCCGCCGCAGCUAUCUCCAGCCCCCGCUUCUCCUCCGCGUCCCUGCCCCUGCCCCUGCCGGCGCUGUUCCCGCCACCGCCACCGCCUUCUCCUCCUCCGGCUCCGCUGCCUGAGGAGAGCCCGUUCGCGGCGCUCCUCGCCUCUGAUCCCGCGCCGCCGGAGCCUCUCCGCCAGGUGCUCGCCACGGGCGACGUCCACGCCGCGCUCCGGGGCCUCCCGGGCCUCGCGCGCCAGCUGUUCCGGUGGGCGGAGGCCACCCCGCGCGGCUUCCCCCGCUCCGCCUCCGCGUUCGCUGCCGUCCUCUUGCCGCUCGCCCACGCCAACCACAUCCGGGCCGCCUACCCCGUCUCCCUCCGCGCCCUGCACCUCGGCCUCCUCCUCCCUGUCCUGUCCCUCCUGCUCGCCGCUCCCCUCUCUCCCGCCCUGCGCUCCCUGUUGAGCCUCCUCCUACGCUUGUCCGCCAAGUUCUCGGCGGAAUCCCAGGCUCGUGACGCCACGCCCGCCGCCUGUUCGACGCUGUGCCUUGCGGCUUUCCGCGUGGUGGCGUGCCACGGCGUGGCCCCUGAUGUCCGGGACUGCAACUGCGUGCUGCGCGUGCUCCGUGACGCGGCCAGGUGGGACGACGUCCGUGCUGUAUACAGAGAGAUGCUCCAGCUCGAAAUUGAGCCGACCAUUGUCACAUACAACACUUUGCUGGAUUCUUUCCUGAAGGAGGGGAGGAAGGACGAGGCUUCCAUGCUGCUCAAGGAGAUGGAAACCCAAGGGGGCGGUUGCUUGCUGAAUGAUGUCACGUACAAUGUGGUGAUUAGUUUCUUGGCCAGGGAAGGUCAUCUGGAGAAUGCAGCAAAGCUGGUUGACAGUAUGCGGUUGUCCAAGAAGGCCUCAUCCUUCACUUAUAACCCACUUAUCACUGCCUUGCUUGAAAGGGGUUUUGUACAAAAGGUUGAAGCUUUGCAGAUGGAGAUGGAGAAUGAGGGCAUUAUGCCUACACUGGUGACAUACAAUGCCAUCAUUCAUGGGCUGCUUAAAAGUGAGCAGGUAGAGGCUGCACAGCUGAAAUUUGCUGAAAUGAGAGCGAUGGGCUUACUGCCGGACCUGAUCACAUACAAUUCUAUGCUAAAUGGAUAUUGUAAGGCAGGUAAUUUGAAGGAGGCUCUUUGGUUGCUUGGUGAUUUGAGGCGUGCAGGUUUAGCACCAACAGUUUUGACAUAUAACACUCUUAUAGAUGGUUAUUGUAGAUUAGGUGGUUUAGAGGAAGCUAGGAGAUUGAAAGAGGAAAUGGUAGAACAGGGGUGUUUUCCUGAUGUUUGUACAUAUACAAUUCUCAUGAAUGGUUCACAUAAGGUGAGGAACCUUCCUAUGGCAAGAGAGUUCUUUGAUGAGAUGCUGAGCAAAGGUUUGCAGCCAGAUUGCUUUGCCUAUAAUACAAGGAUUUGUGCGGAGCUAAUCCUAGGGGAUACUCAUAAGGCUUUCCAGUUGAGGGAGGUGAUGAUGUUGAAAGGGAUAUAUCCUGAUACGGUCACAUACAAUGUUAUUAUCGAUGGACUGUGCAAGACUGGUAACCUGAAAGAUGCCAAAGAUUUGAAGAUGAAGAUGGUCAGUGAUGGUUUACAGCCUGACUGUAUCACAUACACCUGCUUGAUUCAUGCACACUGUGAAAGAGGACUCCUAAGUGAAGCAAGGAAACUUCUUAAUGGCAUGGUCUCAGAUGGUUUGCAGCCCUCCGUUGUGACCUACACCAUAUUAAUUCACACGUGUUGUAGAAGAGGAAACCUUUACUCAGCAUAUGGUUGGUUCCGGAAGAUGCUGGAUGUGGGGAUUGAACCUAAUGAAAUAACAUAUAAUGUGCUCAUACAUGCACUAUGCAGGACAGGCAGAACUCUGUUGGCUUAUCAUCAUUUUCACGAGAUGCUGGAAAGGGGAUUAGCGCCAAACAAAUACACGUAUACUUUAUUGAUAGAUGGGAACUGUAGAGAAGGUAACUGGGCUGAUGCAAUAAGAUUGUAUUUUGAGAUGCAUCAAAAUGGUAUUCCUCCAGACUAUUGCACACAUAAUGCAUUGUUCAAGGGAUUUGAUAAAGGCCACAUGUACCAUGCAAUCGAGUACUUGGAGAAUAUUGUUUUGGGGUGAAUGGAUUAGCCUCUUUGAAAGAUUGUCCUGUUGGCCUUGCAUCACUGAUAUUUCCUGUAAGAACUUCUCAUGUAUCGCAAAUUUCUCUUCAUCAGUGUACCAUUAUUUAGCUUUGCUCAUUUCUUCAAGCAUAUUUACACUUGAGUUCGGUCUGGAGAUGAUGUGGUGUUUGUGGGCUAUACCUUUCAAAAGGGAAAUGAAAAGAGAGUUUGAGACAAUGUUCUCUGAGUUAUGUUGCUGGGUGCUUUCAAAAGGAUAGUUAUGCACAAAAAUAUCUCCUCUUGCUGCUCAGGAGAUCAUAGAUGGAGUUUGGGGGGCAACUCUAUCAAAAGAUGAAAAACAAGAUACUGGAAUCAUGAUCUCUUACCAAAAGAAUAGUUGAGCACAAGCAAGUCUUCCUAUUGUGGCUUAAUCCGUGUCAGUUCUUUGCUUGGCAUUAUACUCAUGGAGAUAUGUUUUUUAAUUGGAAACUGGGUGGCAGGAACUCGCUCCGGUUUCUGAAGAUCUCUCAUGAUAUUCUGCCCUUUUGUUAUUUUCUUUUGAUGAUGUGUACUGGAAACCUGACCACUGUUAAUUCCUUAUACCAACUAUAUCAAAUACUAAAUGGCUAUGGCUUUCUG